AACACAUUACCUUCCCAACAAUGGCUCUUCGCAUCCUCUGCACAUGGUUUUCUCUUUUCCUUCCUCUCCUCCUCCUCCUCUUAGUGAAAAGCUUCCACGGCAAAAACAAAACCGCCACGAAGACCAUGACUAUGACGACGAAGCAGCGGAAGAAGAACCUCCCUCCGGGGCCUCCGCCUCUCCCCAUCAUAGGCAACCUCCACCAGCUCGGCCACUUACCUCACCAGUCUCUGUGGGAACUCUCCAGACGGUAUGGCCCUGUCAUGCUCAUCCACCUUGGCUGCGUACCCACAGUCAUCAUCUCCUCCCCCAGCGCUGCCAGGGAGGUCCUCAAGACCCACGACCUCAACUGUUGCAACCGCCCGCGGCUACUCAGCACAGGACGCCUCACCUAUGACCACCUCGACAUCGCCUUCACUGAGUACGGUGAUUAUUGGAGGGAGCUGAGGAAGCUGUGCUUGCUCAAGCUGCUUAGCGCCAAGCGAGUUCAGUCCUUCCGGUACGUCAGGGAAGAGGAGGUGGGUUCAAUGAUCGAGUCAAUCGCGAAGUCAGCAGAGAGUGGAACUUUGGUCGAUAUGAAAGAGAAGUUCAUGGCUUUGACGGUUAGCAUCACUUGCAGGGUCGCAUUUGGGACGGCAUUUCCGUGGAUGGAGUUCAAGGACGGAAGGUUCAUGGAUAUGAUUCGCGAGGCAAUGGCUAUGUUGGGAAGUUUCUCAGCAUCUGAUGCUUUCCCUCGAUUCGGCUGGAUAGUGGACAGGUUCACGGGGCUUCAUUCGAGGUUGGAGAAGAGCUUUCGCAGUAUGGACGUUUUCUAUCAGAAGGUGAUCGACGAGCAUCGGAACACGAAUAAGAGGAACGAGGAAGAGGAGGACAUUGUCGAUUUGCUGCUGAAGAUGGAGAGGGAUCAGACGGAGCUUGCGACAGUUCCGCUCCAGGAAGAUAACAUCAAGGCCAUCUUGAUGGAUAUAUUUCUUGCUGGAGUGGACACUGGUGCACUUGUCAUGGACUGGACAAUGGCGGAGCUAGCCAGGAACCCGAAGGCAAUGCGAAAAGCUCGAGAGGAGAUCCAGAGUUGCGUCGGAAACAAGAAAUGGGUCGAUGAAGAUGAUCUCCACGGGCUCAAAUAUCUCAAAUUAUUACUCAAGGAGGCGAUGCGGCUGCACCCUCCAAAUGUACUACUCGUCCCGAGGGAAACCAUGGGUCACUUCAAGCUGUUCGGCUACGAUAUCGACCCGAAGACCCGUAUCCAAGUCAACGUGUGGGGCAUCGGGCGGGACCCGAACCUGUGGGAGAGCCCAGAGGAGUUUGUGCCCGAGAGGUUUGAGGGCAGUCCUAUCGAUUAUAAGGGGAAUCAUUUCGAAUUAUUGACGUUCGGGGCAGGGCGGAGAAUAUGUCCUGGGAUUUCGAUGGGAAUGGCGGUGGUCGAGCUGGCGCUCGCAAAUGUCUUGCACUCCUUCGAUUGGAAAUUACCGGAGGGGAUGACGGAGAAAGAUGUGAGUAUGGAGGAAGGCGCUGGUCAGACCGUAUUCAAGAAAGUGCCUCUCACUCUGUUGCCGGUUAAGCCAUCGCCUGAAACCGAUGCAUGACAAAAUCAUAUGUGACGACAUUUUGUACUUAAUUAUGACAAACUGCGGAUGGUCGGGUAAUUCAAGGAGAUUUUGUGCCUUUUAAGAUCCAAACUC